AUGGGGAGUACCAAUUUAAACGAACACGAAAUCCUGGCCGCUCUUAUACAAAGUGAUGACGAGCUUCCGUGUGAGGACACCGACAGUGAAGAAGCGGACCACCAAAGUGAAGAUGAAGUGCAGAGUGACACAGAAGAAGGGUUUGUAGACGAGAUACAAGAAGAACAGCCGACGCCAAGCGGAAGUAAUAUCUUAGAAGAGCAAAGCAAUACUGAGCAACCAGUCUCCACAUCGGCCUUUCGUAGGAUCGUAGCCUUGCAACAGAGGACUGUCAGAGGUAGGAAUAAAUAUUGUUGGUCGACGUCAAAGCCAACGAGGCGUGGUAGAGUCUCGGCGGUAAAUGUUGUCCAAAGAGGUCCAAGCCGCGUGUGCCGUAAUAUAUAUGACCCCGUCAUAUGCUUCAAUAUGUUUUUUACUGAUGCGAUAAUUAUGGAAAUCGUACGAUGGACUAACGCCGAGAUAUCAUUGAAAAGACGGGCUUCUAUGACAGGUGCUACAUUUCGUGAUAUAGAUGAGGAUGAAAUUCGCGCUUUGUUUGGUAUUCUGGUAAUGACAGCAGUGAGAAAAGAUAAUCAUAUGUCUACAGACGAACUCUUUGAUCGAUAUUCGUCAAUGUUGUACGUCUCUGUGAAUGAUAAACAUUGCCUGCAUUAA